AUGUGUGCAUUGGAAAACGUGAGAAUGUCAAGUGAGGAUUGUGAAAUGUGGCAAGAAGAAGCAGCAAUGAUUGUGGAUGUUCUAUCGCAUGAACAUAUCAUAAAUCAUCCGUUUUUAGAGCCCUAUGCAUUUCUAAUUGAUGAUUAUAAAGUUGCUGCAAAAGUUUCGGAAGAGGAUUUGAUUCGAAUGUAUGAUGAAUCGACUAUUUUGCAGAUUCGAUUGACAAAAGCAGCGAGAGUAAGGAGAAGGCAUUUGAUUUUCCAAACAAAAAAAAGAGAUUCACGAGAAUCAUUGUACAACAAAAAUUCAAAAAGUCAAAAUUAUGCCACGUUGAUUUUUUAAAAUGUAGAUCAAUAUUUCGAAAAAAAAACGUUUUCCUGAAAUUUUUUCGAUAACAUUUUGAAGUUAAAAUUUUUCACUUCAAAAUGAAUUGCAACAACUUUGAUACGUGGAUUUCCUUUUUUUCUGAAUCGAAAAGAACAAAACUUUUUUCUGACUUGAAAAAAACUCACGUGGAUUUUCAAUUUCCAGACAAUAAAUAUUCGAUGUUUUGUUCUUCAAAUGCAAAAUGUUUGGACAGAAAUCGAAAGAAGAAUUCGAUCCUUCAGAAACUCUUUGAAAAUGGCAAUCCGUCGAAAAUUCACAACAAAUCUCAACAAACUUUUACACGAUUUUCGAAAAUAUGAUCGAGCUCUACAAUAUCGAUCAAUUGAUCCAUCAAUGAUGUUGAAUAAUAAAUCACAAGUCGAUUUUAUGUUGGAAAAUGAGAUUUAUUCAAGUGUUCAACAAUUUGUUGAGAUUUAUGACAAGGUAUUUGAGAUAACUCAACAUGUUUCAUUGGAUACAACUCAAUUGGACACACUUUUGAAUAUUGCUUCGUUGAGAUUGUCAUUGGCUCAAAGUAUUAAUGAUCAUGCACAUUUUUUUAAUAAGAGGAUUUCGACUUUUUUGCAUUUUGUACAGGUUUGUGAGGUUUCAAUAGUUUUGGAAAACUUAAAAAAUAAUGUUUCUUGAGAAUUUUUCAGAUAUUAUUAAUUUUAAGAAUUUUUUAGAAAUGUACUGUACUGAACUACAUUUCCCCCGUGUUUGAAGUUUUUUGUUAAGAAAUUUUGCCACGUGUUUUAUUUUUGGGACCGAAAAUUCUGACUUUUCAAUACUUCCGAAAUUUGAAAAGUAAUUUUUUUUUGACACGUGACCUUCUCGAUUUUUUUUUGGAAAAUUUCGAGAACUCGUCAUUUUUUAAUUUAGAAAUGCUAGAAAAAAGUGAGUUGAUUGUUGGUCCCAAAAAUCCAAAAAAAAAUUCUGCUUUGAAUUCGAUAUUCAUCAGUACAAAUAUUUUUUUUCAAAUUUCGACAACUUCCAGAAAAAACAAUCAAAAGUGAUGGCAAAUGUGCAAAAAGCGAUGGAAAAACUAAAAAUCGUUCAAACGAUGGCAAAUCCACAAGAAGUUUCGCAAUAUUUGGCUCAAAUGGCAAAACUUCGACCAAUGUUGGAUAGUUUGAUUCGAGAAAUUGAGGAUUUGAAUAAAUUUGAGAAAGCUGUUGAUGCACAGAUUUCAGAUGUCACAAAAAUGAAACAAUUUGUGGGUGAAAUUGAGAGUUUGGAAAGUUUGUUUGUGGCGACAAGUGGAUAUUAUCAACAUGUUAAGUGGGUUUGGGGAGCAGGAAAGGUUCGGGGGGUUUUUGAAAACUUAAAUUUUAUAUCAGUGCAAAAUUUGGAGCUGGACAAUACCAAAAAGUUGUAAGUUUUCAGCUCAGAAAUUAAAAAAAAUUGAUUGUCAGCAAUAUUUUCCUAUUUACAAUCAUGAAAAAUUGACUGUUUCAAAAACUUCAAUUAACUUUUUUGAAACAGCUUUGGAUAUUGUUUGA